UAAAAGUAAGAUAAUGCAUAAAAAAUGGUUAAUUAUUAUUAUUUUUUUUUUAAAGAGGAAGGUGCCAAAAAUCAUGGUUUCUACCAAUGUGGAGGCGCCAUGUUUCCGAAGCAAGCAGUUCUUUUAACGGCAACGGACGUUCGGGGCAUGGAAAAGUUGACCGAGCCACAGCCUCGGCGCCCGUGAGUUCGCGCGUAAUUUUGCUGUAAGUGCCACGUCAUCAUAGGCAUAAUUCGACACGUGUCACCCAUUCCAUAUUAGGGUUCCGACUCGGCGUUCUCUGGUUCGGGGCAGCUGCUUCGUUUGUGUGGUCCUUCUCUUCCCUGACUUUUUGGCAGAAAUUGGAGAAUCCCUCUCUCUCUCUCUUCCCGUCUCUCUCGGUCCAAUCAAAUUUCAACUUCAACUACUUUGCCCUGCCAUGUCUACGCCGCCUUCACUGUUGCGCAUCAGUAAAUAACUGAAAUCAAAACCUGAUCAUGGUGAUGCUUGUCUUCCAAGAUUUUGGGUUGGUUGGAAUGGGUUAAUAUAUUUGAAGGCCUACUUGGCUGCUCUGGAACCAUACCUGGAUUUGAGAAUAUUUUAUCAUUAUUUUCCGUGUCUGCUUGAAAUUGGAAUAUAGAGCUUAUCUACGAGCAUAUGGCAGAAGACAGUCCAAGGAUCAGUGGGCUUUCUUCUGGGUUGGCUGUUAUUUUAAGUGAUAAUGAUCACAGAGGGAGUUCAUCGAAGAGCCGGUGUUUUUCGUAUUGUGAUGAAUUCCGUCAUCAAUCUGUUGAGCGGACACUUGAAUAUGUAUUUGGUCUCCCCAACAAAUCCAUUGAUCCUGUGACUAGUCCAAUUGAUACGGAUCUUAUUCGCUCCAUCAUAAAGAAUAGAUUCUCAGAACUUGCUUAUCCAAUUGCCCCAUAUGGUGAGGGAGAUGGCAUAUGUAUUGUUGAUAAUGGUUUGGGGCCUAAUGUAGUCUGUAUUGAGAAAGUCAGCAUCUGUGGUGAUAUGAGGAUAGUUAAGCCGCCUUUAAUUAUGGAAAGUUUUUCGAUGUUUAGCAGUUCUAGGGCCAAUGCUUGCGUCUGGAGUGGAAAAUGGAUGUAUGAAGUUAUUUUAGAAACUUCAGGUAUACAACAGCUUGGAUGGGCAACUCUUGCUUGCCCUUUCACUGACCACGAGGGUGUUGGUGAUGCAGAUGAUUCCUAUGCUUUUGAUGGAAGAAGAGUUCGCAAAUGGAAUAAGGAAGCUGAGAGGUAUGGUCAGUCUUGGGUUGUUGGGGAUGUUAUUGGAUGUUGUAUUGAUUUGGAUAGAAAUGAAAUCUCGUUCUACAGGAAUGGCAUCUCACUUGGGGUGGCAUUUUCUGGGAUUCGCAAGAUGGGUCCUGGUAUUGGAUAUCAUCCAGCAAUAUCUCUAUCUCAAGGUGAGAGAUGUGAAUUAAAUUUUGGUGCUCACCCGUUUAAAUACCCUAUUGAUGGCUACUUCCCCCUUCAAGCACCCCCAUCGAUAGACAGUUUUGCUUCCCAUAUGUUGAAAUGCUUAUUGAGGAUUUUGGAAGAGAAACGUAUAGAAUGCCUUGAGAUUAACUCUACUGAGAAAUUGAGGAGACUGAAAAGGUUUGUUUCAGUUGAAGAACUAUUUCAUCCUGUCUCUCAUGGGAUUUGUGAUGUAUUCUUCUCUGCACUUGAAGCUGAUACAAAUGGUAUUGAGUAUAUAGGAUGGGGUCCUUUUUUGUCAUUCAUGAUGGAAGUCUUUGGACCACAGCCACCCCAUAAUCACUUAAGCUUAGAUAGAAUUAUGGAUGUUCUUCUAAGGAGUCAAGGCUCCCUAGCGUUGUUUGAGCAUUUAAUAAACGCCCUUUCAUGUAGCUGUAAAACAUCACCUCUAAUUUUAACUGAAUGCCCAUAUUCAGGAUCCUAUUCCUAUCUCGCAUUGGCUUGUCACAUAUUCAGACGUGAAGAAUUAAUGGUGCUUUGGUGGAAGUCAGUUGAUUUUGAAUUCCUCUUUGAAGGGUUUUUAUCACGGAAGAAUCCAAAUAAGCAGGACCUUGAGUAUAUGAUGCCUUCAGUUUGGUGGCCUGGUUCACGCGAGGAUGUAUCAUAUGAAAGUAGCAUGGAUUUAACUACAACAGCUCUAUCUGAAGCAAUUAAUGAGAUUGAGGAGAAGCAUAGAGAUCUUUGCCGCCUAGUCAUUCAGUUCAUACCACCCACAACAUCUCCUCAAUUACCAGGAUCAGUAUUUAGGACAUUUUUACAGAACCUAUUAUUGAAGAACAGAGGAGCUGAUCGUAGUGCAUCCCCUUCUGGAGUUCUAAGUAAUUCUAUUGUUGUUUCUCUAUAUGCUGUGAUACUUCAUUUUUUAUCUGAAGGAUUUGGAAUAGGCAGUGUUUGUGACUGGUUGAGAAGUAGUGAAACUGAUGGUCCUGAUAUUGGUUUUCUUCAUAGAGGUGGGCAGCGCAGUUUCCCUGUAUAUUUGUUCUUUAAAGAUGAGUCUCAUCAAACUGUGACAGCUAGGCUUGGAGGUUCAUACAAUCAUAUAUUAAAAUUGCAUCCUCCUUGUGAUCAAGAAGUUGAAGUAAUUCGUUGGGAGGAAGGUUGCAUGGAUGACAAUGAGACCAGAGUAACUCAUUCAACCAGGCAAAAGCCAUGUUGCUGUUCAAGCUAUGAUGCUGAAUGCAUGAGAAGUUCAAAAGAUCCUAUGAAAUAUGCUAUCAGAAGUUCUCGUGGAAUUCCCAUGCAUGAUAGAUCUGCUCAUGUUGCUACUGAAUGUACUGCUGGAAAUUUGAAUGAUGAAAUAACUGACAAACCGAGUUCAAGUGAACAAUCUGAUACAGAGUUUGGAUAUUGCCCAAUGCAGCAGCAGAUGAGGAUUGUACAAAGGGAGACUAAUACAUCUUCAGCUACGUUAAGAGAAGAAGAACUAUUAGACUUCUUGCUUCUCUUUUAUCACAUGGGACUUGCACCAGAUUUUAAGCAGGCAUCACAUUACAUGUCACACCAAUCUCAGUUAAUAGCUCUUCUUGAAGAAACUGAUAAACAAAUAAGAGAGCGAGCUUGUAGGGAGCAAUUAAAGCGUCUAAAAGAAGCUCGUAGCACUUACAGAGAUGAAGUGAUCGAUUGCGUAAGACAUUGUGCAUGGAAUCGCAUUUCGUUGUUUUCCCGAUGGAAGCAAAGAGGAAUGUACGCAAUGUGCAUGUGGACUGUACAAUUGCUUCUUGUUCUCAGCAAAAUGGAUUCAGUGUUUGUUUAUAUCCCUGAAUUUUAUGUUGAAACACUGGUGGACUGUUUUCAUGUGUUACGUAAGGGAGAUCCUCCAUUUGUGCCUUCUACUAUAUUUCUCAAGCAAGGGCUUGCUUCAUUCGUAACAUUUGUAGUUAAUCACUUCAAUGAUCCAAGGAUAUCAAGUGCAGAUCUAAAAGAUCUGCUUCUUCAGUCCAUAUCAGUUCUUGUACAGUACAAAGAAUAUUUGGUCACUUUUGAGAGCAAUGAAGCAGCUACCAAAAAGUUGCCAAAGUCAUUGCUAUUAGCAUUUGAUAACAGAUCCUGGAUCCCUGUUACGAACAUUCUUCUGCGACUGUGCAAAGGUUCCGGCUUUGGUUCUUCAAAACAUGGAGAAUCAUCAUCAUCAUCUAUUAUAUUUCAGGCACUACUACGAGAGGCGUGUGUCACUGAUGAAGGCCUGUUCUCACCCUUUCUUAAUCGCCUAUUCAAUACUCUCAGCUGGACUAUGACUGAAUUCUCAGUUUCAAUUCGAGAAAUGCAAGAAAAAUACCAGGUAUUAGAUUCUCAACAAAGAAAAUGCAAUGUCAUAUUUGACCUCUCAUGCAAUCUUGCAAGGGUUCUGGAAUUCUUUACACGCGAGAUCCCUCAAGCAUUCCUGUUAGGAACUGAUACAAACCUUAGAAGGUUGACUGAGUUGAUACUUUUUAUACUGAACCAUGUAACUUCAGCAGCAGAUGCAGAGUUCUUUGACUUGUCACUUAGACGCAAUGGACAAUCUUUGGAGAAAGUAAACAGAGGCAUGAUAUUGGCUCCUCUUGUUGGAAUCAUCUUGAAUCUGUGGGAUGCUAGUGCAGAGCUGAAGAACAAAGAAUAUAAUGACGUUGUUGGCAUUUUUGCAAGCAUGGAAUGUCUAAAUACUGUAAACUGUGGAUUACGGCUUCUGUUGGAUUACAACUGGGCUGGAUCCUUUAGGGGUGAUGGUUAUGUUGCAAAACUUGAACGGCUUGAGAACUUUUUAAGCCUUCUUCUCUAUCGAAUGGAGUCUUCAGCUUUCGAUAAUUCAGCAUUCAGUGACCAAACAGAUGCUAAUGAUAGCAUGUGCUGCAUCUGUUAUGAAAGAGAAGCUGAUACGUGUUUUAAACCUUGUUCACACCGGUCGUGCUAUGGUUGUAUUUCCAGGCAUCUUUUGAAUUGUCAGAGAUGUUUCUUUUGCAACGCACCAUUGGAGGAUGUUAUGAGGGCUGGUACUAAUUAGACAUUUUAGUGAGUAAUCACGUUCCACUCAAUGGAAAAAGAAAUAAGACAGCACCAAUUUUGGUGGUGCAAACCUAGCAACCAAUGAACUUUGACGUCUGAGUAGGCAAUCUUUGCUGAUGCAUAAAGAAGUCCUAUCAGAGGAGGCAUUAUUUAAUUUAAUUAUUAUUACUUUUUGCUCCUUUUUUUAGGAGGGCUGGGAGGGGAGGUAGAGGAAGUUUCAAUCAAAUUUGAAUAUGGUUCACAGAAGAGUAGAAAUAUAAAUUUGUACAGGUGUAUAAAUAUGGUUAAAAGUCAAAGCAUAUUCGGUUAGGGAGAAUAUGUUAUAGCAUAGACCAUGGUUAGGGAAUUUUGUAGUAAGAAGUUUGAGGGGCCUUAAUUCUGUAUAUAUGAGAUGUAAAUACCAAGGAAAAUACUUGUUGGCUCUCCCUUCUCUCUAUCGUCUUCUCUGACUUGGUGAAUCAUUAUAAUUUUGUUUAAUCAUAGCAUACCUGUCCAUAGAGAUCCGUUCCUCAAAUGCAGCUUCUCUCUUGGUGUCUCUCAACGGAUUUCGACUAUAGCCUGCCUCAUUCCUCUGAUAUUCAAGGAAUUUUAAAUGAGAAUUGGAGGAAAAGGAAGGUGUCCACCAUCACAAUCUGUCCUGCCUUCUGGUUCAAGAGCUAAAAAGACAGCAGUAUGGAGCAGAAAGUGGCAUUGCUAACAAACAAUAUUUACUAAAAGGAAGAUGCAGCUGACAGACCGCCCAUAACAGCAGCAGUCGGGUUCUCUUCUGCCAAUUGCACAGAUUGAUUUGCUGCUCUGAUGGCGCGGUGGAGCUCGUGCUCUUCAUUCGUAACUGCUAGAGAGCGAAGUUAUGAAGUUCUAAUGCCUCCACAAGUGAUUUUGAUCCAAUUUUCGAGAUUGAUCCUUGGAAGAAAGGAGGUAUUGUUGGAAAUGAACCAAGUAGUGAGUGGGCAGAGAAACAAGGGCACUGGCCUCUUGAAGAGUUCCCCCAUGUAUUACCAUACAAGUGAGUUUUCUGUCGGUUCUCUGUGUAAAUACGUUUACUUAGUAAAAUCUAUAUGCCGCGCACCAUUAUAGCGAGUGCAAAAUAUUCCUUCAUUUGGAAUUCGGUUGUCUCCCCUUAUAAUUAGGGAAUUCAUGUUCUAAUGAUUAUUCUAGUAGGUUUAGAGACAUGCUGAUUAUUCAGCUCCAUAUUCUGCAUCUUGGAGUAACUAAUGACCAUUUGAUAAAUGCAGUGGGAAAACGGUUUUUGCUUCAUAGAGGAAAAUGACUGUAGUUUAUUUGUGAAGUGAACAUUACAUUUUUUUGUUGGUUAAA